GACCUCUUCUUCUUCCUCCUCUUCCUUCUCCCCUCUUUCUUCGGUCGGUGCUUGCUAUCUCCCCCCAUUUCCCCGUAUCACGAGAAAUCCGCACGCGCUUUUGCUCCGCGAUUUAUUGCUCAGGGUUCCUGCCGACUGGUAUUGCUCAACCACCACACCGCGCGCGCAAGGACAAGCUGUUCUUGUGCUGCGUGGUUCUAUGCCUGCUUGUUUGGUUGGGAGAGGAGGAGGAGUUGCGGACUGCGGGUGGUGGCAUUGGUGAGGUCUCCCGGUGAGAUCCAGCCAUGUCGGAGGCCGACCGAUUGCGCCUCCGCGCGGCGGCGCUGGCGCUUGACAGCGGCGCUGUGCGGGACAAGCCGGACUCCAAGGCCAACUUGUUCGCGGAUCUUGGCUCCCCGGUGUCGCCGCUGCGGGCGUGGGCGAGCGGGACGACGUCCUCCUCCUCCUCCUCGUCCGGGUCGGCCAAGUCGCCGGCUCAGUCAAAUGUUGGGGCGGUGCGACUGGCAGGCGGGAGGAGCCAUUCAGGUGAGCUGGCGGUGGAGAGCAACCCGCCGCGGCCGCCGGGCCACCGGCGGUGCGGAUCUGGACCGUUGAUAUUCUCCGGUGGCAGCAGCAGUGGAGGGAGCGGCGGAGUUGGAGACCGUGGGAGCACGGCGAGCUCGCCGAUGACCAAUGCGCUCCCCGCCGGGAACAUCUGCCCGUCCGGGCGCGUGCCUGGCGCGGCGCCGGCGCCGGCGCCGCCGCGCUCCCGCCCGGACGUGCUCGGAUCCGGUACCGGCCACUACGGCCACGGGAGCAUCAUGCGCGGCGCCGGCAUGUCCCCCGCGAGAAGCAGCAUUGAUGCACCGUCCUUUCUCGGACGCCCCUCGAGAUCUCCGGCGAGUUCCGCGGCGGUGGCAGGGAGCGGUGCAAGCCUCCAGGAGAUGAGUCGCUUAGGCAACGAGUGGUACAAGAAGGGGAGGCACGGGGAGGCGCUGCGGUACUACGACCGUGCCGUGUCUCUGUGCCCCGACAGCGCCGCCUGCCGCGGAAACCGCGCCGCCGCGCUCAUCGGGCUCGGCCGGCUCGCCGACGCGCUCCGCGAAUCCGAGGAGGCCGUCCGGCUUGACCCGGCCAGCGGCCGCGCCCACAGCCGCCUCGCCGGUCUCUGCCUCCGGCUGGGAAUGAUCGAAAAGGCGAGGAGGCACCUCACGCAGGCCAGGCAUCUUCAUGAGUCUAAUCCUGCAGACUGGGAGAAGCUGCAGGAUGUGGAGAUGCAUCUGGGAAGAAGCACAGAUGCCAGGAAAAUUGGAGAUUGGAAGAGCGCGCUGAGGGAAGCGGAUGCUGCAAUUGCGGCUGGAGCCGACUCCUCUCAGCUGCUUCUUGCCUUGAGAUCAGAAGCACUUCUCCGUCUCCACAAGCUAGAGGAGGCUGAUUCAACUCUUGCAUGCUUGCUGAAAUUAGACAAUGCAUUACUAUCUUGGACGGCAGCUAAACUCUCGGGCAUGCUAGUUGAGUCUUAUGUAUAUAUUGUGCGAGCCCAGGUUGACAUGGCAUUGGGAAGGUUUGAUGCUGCUGUUGAAGCAGCUGACAAUGCUAGACUUAUCGAUCCUGGGAAUGUGGAAGUUGGGAUGAUUCUAAAUAAUGUGCGACUAGUUGCAAGAGCUCGAGCGCAAGGAAAUGAGCUUUUUAUGGCAGCCAAAUUUUCUGAUGCAUCUAUAGCCUAUGGUGAAGGGCUCAAGUAUGAUCCCUCGAAUCCAGUGCUCUACUGCAACCGAGCAGCUUGCUGGUGGAAGCUAGAACGGUGGGAGAAAGCUGUUGAUGACUGUAAUGAGGCUCUGAGAAUAAGACCUAAUUACAAAAAGGCUCUCUUAAGAAGAGCAAUGGUCUAUUCCAACCUUGAGCGCUGGGCUGAUUGUGUGCGGGACUAUGAGGUGCUCCGCAGAGAGCUUCCUGGUGAUACCGAGGUUGAAGAAGGAUUGUUCCGUGCUCAAGUUGCCUUGAAGACAACUCGUGGUGAGGAUGUAUCAAACAUGAAGUUUGGAGGAGAAGUUGAGAUGGUAACCAACGUGGAGCAAUUCUGUGCUACAAUACGUUCACCUGGUGUAUCUGUUGUUUACUUCAUGUCGGCAAUGAAUCAACAAUGCAUACACAUUACACCUGCUGUGGACUCUCUUUGCAGCGAAUGCCCGUUGGUGAAUUUUCUGAAGGUAAAUGUUGACAACAGCCCUAUGGUAGCAAAGGCAGAGGACGUGCGGAUAGUCCCUACAUUCAAGAUAUACAAAGAUGGGGUGAGAGUGAAAGAGAUGAUCUGCCCUAGCUUGCAAGUCCUGCGCUACUCAGUGAGACACUAUGCCGUCUCCAGUUCUUGAGAAGCACCGGUACCCUAUUUUCCCAAUUCCAUUAAUGCAUAGGCUCCCCUUUCCCAUGCCAGCCUUUUACUCCCAAACUUGCAACAAUACCAGCCUACAUAGCAUUUCACCAGCUGCAUAAUAAUUCCCCAUUGAGCAUGGGCAUAAUGAGCUGAGAUUGGUGUGUGGAAGAGCCUACCCCAUUUUGCCCCCUCAUUACCGCAUUUCUUGUUACUACCUCUGCCAUUCAUAUGCCGACCCAUCGAAUUCUUUCACCUUUCAGGCUCUUUCACUUUGUAUUUUGAUACAUUUUGCUUUCCAUCUUAGGCCCUAGACCAGCAGCUAAUGAGGGCAAUGUUUGUAAUGUUGUUUAGAUUAGCAUAUCAUAGAGAGGAGAGGGGAGUGGGAGGUAGAGAGGGAAUGUCGGUUGCGGUUUUCGUUACAUGUAAAUACCAUAUAGCAAAACAUCGGAAUCCAUUGGAAGAUUGGUUCCCCGGAGAAAUGGAAAAUUUUGGUGGAGGUGGGGAGGAGAAGAGGGUACAGAGCUAGUUGUCAUUUUAGAGGUAAAAGGAAAUCAAGUGGUGAUUGGGUGCAGAGAGGGGAAAUGUUGGUGUUAAUUGAUGCCAUUUUGCUGCUUCUGCUGGUUUGUGGUGCUGAUACAUCAUAUGCUACCAUUUUCAUGAAUAAAACUAUCCGACAUUCGUUCUUUCUUUUUA